GGGCGGCACCGCCCCCUCCGCGCGGGUCGCUCCGAAGCGCGGCCCGCCCGCCCGCGCGCUUUUCUGCCCGCCCGGCCCCGGCGGCCGCCAUCGGCCCGGCCCCGCCGCCCCAUGGCAACGGCGCGCGCCUGAGGCCCGGCCCCGAGGGGGCUCCGCGCCCCGCCAUGGUGGGCAGGCUGGCCCUGGCCGCCGCCUCGCUCCCCGACAAGGACGGCGACGUGCAGCCAUGCAAGAAACGGCGAGAGGAAGAUGCUUCUGUCAAAACAAUCACAAGAUACUUCUCACCGUUAGCAAAAACAGGGGAUAAAGUGUUGUCACCGCCAAAACCUAACAAUAUACUGGAUUAUUUUAAAAAGACAUGUGUAACUGAGAAAGCUGUAGCUGGAGAAAAUAAAGCACAGUUUGAUGGUGAUGAUAAAGACUGCAAAUCACAUCAUAAACCACCUUCAAAGCUGAAGAGGAAAAGGAAGAGAGUUAAUUUAAAUAACAAACUGAGAGAGAUGAAAGAACCUGAGAAUGAAGGCGCAAUAGAAAUUAAUUGCGAUGACAGCAGAGAAACAACAGAGCUAAAACAAGAUAGUAAUGAUUUCAUUGCUACCUGUACUUUAGUUGACCAAAACCGUGUAGGAGAAUCAGCUGAAGAUAAUACACAAGGUGAGAACUUCUCAGAUGCAGACAUCUACGGAAAAAGUGUGAAGAAAUGUGGUUCUGAAAUAAAUGCAGUAAAAAACAGGAUAAGAAAAUCAAGGAAAAGGAAGCACAAAGUAUAUGUGGAUUUGUCUGAAAGCUUUUCAUUUGAAAACCAGCUGAAUGAAGAGUGUAAAAAGGAAACUAAAGAUAACAAAAUGAUACCUCCUGAAAUAGGGGAGUGUGAUGCUAUUACUAUUAGUGACUCGAGCUUUGACGCAGAUACAGAUAAGGCAUUGCAGGUAAAUAGUAGUACAAUAACAGUGUCAUUUGAGGAUUUCUUGAGGAGUCAAGGAGAACAUAAUGUAGAUCAUGCUGAAGAAGGCACAAAGCCAAUACUGGAUAAUUCUGUUACAGCAACUGAAAUGGACAAAAGUGGUAGUACUAGCGACCCUGAAAAGUGUGAGGAAUCUCAACAGGUACCACUUAGAACAGUAACUGUCCUUGCACAAGUUCAUUCCAUUCCCCCCAAAUUAGCUCCUUUACAUAGGGAGCAAAAAGGUUCUAUGAAAAUAGCUUCCAUUUUUUUGAAGCAGAAAGGAUGUAUAAGAGAAAAAGAAAGUAGCCCACCCCUUUUGGAGAGUGAACAAACUGAACACGUUACUCAGAAAAGAAAAUCUAAUGUAGUCAUUGAGGAAGAGGAAUUGGAGUUAGCUGUACUAGAGACUACAGGAUCAGAUCCUUUGAAGACAAAAUCUGCUCUGGAAGAGAGGCAUCAGUUUAUGAAAGCAUUCAGACAACCAACAUCAGAUGUAAUAAAAAGUGGAGUUAAAAAGGCACCUGGAAAACCAAAACAAGUAACUGGAAAAUCUUCAAAAGACAAAAAAGGAUCCGAAGGUGACAUUGGUUCAAAUAAGGGAUUAGAAAGCGGAGUACCAGAAGACUGUGUGGAUAAACAUAUGCAUUCUCGUCCUGGAAACCAUAGAACUAAAACCAAAAGACCUAAAAAGUUUCAGAAAAAUGGAAACAGAAGAAGGAAGGCCUUGGAAGCUAAGGAAAAAUGUGUCUUAAAUACUAGUGAUUACAAUGAAGAAAAGGAUUCAGGAGCUAAUCUUCAAACAAAGGAAAAUAACUUGAAUGUAAGAAUUUCAUCAAGUCCAAAAGUUAACAAGUUGAGGAGGAGUCUAAGACAGAAGAAAGUUGACACAUACAAAACUGUUACACCUAAAAAAAACAGAAUUAGAAAUACCUUUUCUGAAGAUGAAAGUGUCUGUCCUUUACAGACUUCCACACCAAAAACUAGCAAGCAAUCCUUGAAAAGGAACAUGUAUAAGGCUGAGGUGAUUACAGUGCCCUCUGAUGCAAACAGUCCAAUAAGAAUGAGGUUUACGCGGAUCAAUGCAACUCUGAAAUCGAAUAAAGGUGAAGCAAUGAAAAAUGAAGAGUUAAACUCCAAAAAUAUAAAGAUAAGCUCUACUUCUAAAAAUAUAUCCAAAGCAAAACAGCUGGUUGAGAAAGCAAAAGCUAUACGGCAUAAUAGAUCAAAGGUCAAUGAAGACUUAACGACUCCUGUGAGGCGCUCAUCUCGACAGCAAGCUCUUCUUGAAAAGAAACAAUUACAAGCAAACGAAAAAUCAGCAAUAACUAUACAUUCAAGCAUGAGUAAUGCCACUACUACAAUGCAGAAUGUGAAGCAAAAGAAUCUUCGGAGCUUAAAUGAUGUCUUGGGGAAAAAGUCUAAAAAUAUGAAGGCUUCUAAGAACUCAAAUGGAAAACUGGGAUAUCCAUCUUCAUUCCUAGGCAAAAAUACUCAAAAAUCUGCAGAUGAACCAAUUGUGAUUUUUGAUGAAAGCAGCCAAGAUGCAUCGGAAAAUUCUCAAGAUGAUGAUCAGUUCAGAUCAAAACGUGAAUUCUUGAUGAGUGGUUUGCCAGAAUUACUGAAAAGACAGAUCGCAAAGAAAGCGGCAGCAACAGAAGCAUAUUCUCUUGCAAGUUCAUGUUUUAAGACUGUUGUCCAUGUACAGCAGAAGGAUGACUGUCAUCCAAUGUGGAAAUUGAAAUCACCAUUGUGUCCUCUAUUAACUAAGUUAAGGAAACUGAGUACUGAGGUCACUAAUGUCACAAAAAACACCAUCUCACUUGGUGAAUUUUCCACUGUGAGAUCAGAACUGACCAGAAACUGUUCUGCACCUGUGUUUUCUGGUCACCGAUCAGUUUUUCCCGAUGCAGUCAGGAAAGGUUUACUAGAUGAGAUCGUGUCUUCUAACUCUCAAUUUCCCGUGAGAAAAUACCUUUAUGCAUUUCUGAGAAGACAAACGGAGCGAUUGCUUUUUGAGAACAGUACACAAGAAAGCAGAGAUGGUGCUUCAAAUUCUGAGGUAAAUCAGAAACAUUCUGACAACUGGAAGGAAACUAAGAGGAAAAGGAAAGAAACAGAAGACCAUAAAUCAAAAAGGAGAAAACAAGUUGAGGGUACAGAGAGUGAAUUAAAAUCCAGAGUUUCCAGGAACCUUACUGCUCCUGUAUCUGGAGGAAAACAAGCAGAUGCAGCACAAGCAAUGCAUUUUGGGAAAAACAAGAACCAGAAACCAGAUGUUAUGAUAGAAGACAAUGAAUAUUUAUCAGAGCCAAAUGCACUUUCAGGUGUUGAAAAGGAAGACAUGCUCUGGACUGAAAAGUAUCAGCCUCAAGACUCCAGUGAACUUGUAGGGAACAGGAAAGAAAUUGAAAGGCUACACAGCUGGUUAAAAGAAUGGAAAAAAAGAGCUGAUUGGGAAGAAAAAAGAAAUCAAAAAGGAGAAAAAGAGGACAAAGAACACCAAGAUUCUUUGGACAGCCUUGAUUUUAAAGGUAAUGAAUCUGAUAUUGAGGAAGAGAUUAACCUCUGCAAUACAGUUCUGAUAACUGGCCCACCAGGAGUGGGGAAAACUGCUGCAGUGUAUGCUUGUGCUCAGGAGCUUGGUUUUAAGAUAUUUGAAGUCAACGCCUCUUGCCAGCGCAGUGGUAGACAGGUACUGUCUCAACUAAGAGAAGCUACUCAGUCUCAUCAAGUGGACAAAAAAGGCAUUAAUGCCCAUAAGCCUUGCUUUUUCAACAGUUGUAGCAGUGCAAAGUCACCAAAAAAAACGUAUUCUCCGAAGAAAGUUAUUUCACCAAGAAAACCUCCACUUUCACCAAAAGGAGCAGGAUUAAAACGAAACUUGCCCCCUAAAACACUUGCAAACUAUUUCAAAAUGCCUUCCAAAUAUAAAGGAAAUGAUGGAACAAUAACAUCUCAAGAGAAAAAUAAAGUUCUUCGUCGAUCUGCAGGAAAUGUUCAGAGUUCAUCUGAAGAAAAAGAUGCUCAAAUUAAGUCAAUAAGCAAAGAAGUAGAAGGAGGAGAACAUAACAGAAAAAGCGCGACGUCUCUCAUACUUUUUGAAGAGGUAGAUGUAAUAUUUGAUGAAGAUGCAGGAUUUCUAAGUGCAAUAAAGACGUUCAUGGCAACUGCAAAGAGACCUGUAAUUCUUACUACUAAUGAUCCAACAUUUAGCUUAAUGUUUGAUGGCUACUUUGAAGAAAUCAACUUUAGAACUCCUUCCUUGAUAAACGCUGCUAGCUAUCUGCAAGCACUGUGUUUGGCUGAGAAUCUACGAACAGAUGUAAAAGAUUUAGCUGCUUUGUUAACCACAAAUAACUGUGAUAUCAGACAAAGUGUUCUCUUCUUACAAUUUUGGGUUAAGAGUGGAGGUGGAUACUUGAAAGACAAAUGUUUGGCACUUCAUGCAUGUUGUCUUUGUGCAGGAGAAGAUGAGAUAAACAAAGCAGAUCAAGUAAUUAAUUCUGAGAAGGCUACUGAUUCAAAGAUUGAAGUUUCUCAAGCUGAUGCACCUCUUCAGGAGUUUCCAAAAUGCGAUACAGGCUGUGUAGAGACAUUGCUCGGCCUUAGAAAUAUCCUGUUGCCUUCAGAAGACUUGUUUACAUUUCUUAAGCAGAAAAUCACAACCAUGGAGAAAUGGGAUAAAUUGAUACAGCUUCUCACAGAAUUCCAGCUGAAGACAGUGGAUUUUAUAUAUAGUAAUCUCGAACUGCUUCUUCCUUUACCAGUGCAUUAUCUUUCAAACCAGUCUGAAGCCUCUAACUCCACACUUGAAAGGACUACCAUAGUUUCUUCAAAAAACAAAUCUAUUAACAGCUACUGCUCUAGAAAAAAAUCUAAAAAGGCAAAGAACAAGAAAAGGCUUGAUGUAUUGGAUGAUAGUGACUUAUUUGACACUGAACUGAACUAUUCAGCUGAAUUCUUAAGUUUGCCAUCAGGUAGUCCUACAUCAUGUGCUGAAGCGAAUAGCGAGGAAUCAAAAUUGAUGAAUAGAGAAGGAAAAGACAUGAAAAGUAAAACCCCAGCAAAUGAUAAGAGAUCUGCUCUUGUUUGUCAGUGUCUGAAUUCACUGACUGAAUUUGUAGAGAACAUGUCUUUCUUGGAUUGCUGUGUAAACAGUAACACCAGGGAGCCACUGGAGUUCUCUAAAGAUGAAGGAUUUAAUUGGACAAAUGGCAAAAUCAAAAAUGGUCUUUGUGAUGAAUUCGGUAUAGAAAAUACUGAUUGGUGGAGUUUCCAGAGCUGUAGUGAAGUAAAGGCAGCUAUUGAAGCACUCAGUUUUAACAAAUGUUCUGUUAGUAUUUCACAAAAAUUGGAAACCUCCUUGAGCUCCAGUAAAACACCUGAAAGCAAUCAACUUGAGGGACUUACUAUGCAUAUUUCAAACACAAGAAAUUAUGUAUCCUUCAAUCAGUCAGCUGAUUCAAGCAUUCACGAAAAAGCACAGAAGAGGUUGGCAGUCAUCAGAACUAUAUUUUCCAGAACUCCUUUAAACCUGGGUAACAAGCAAGCCAGCGUACUCGAAUAUCUCCCUACUCUUCGCAGUAUUUGUAGGUCUGAGAAGAUUAAAGAGCAAGGAAAGACUAAAAGAAGGUUCCUGCAUUAUCUUGAAGGAAUUCAUCUUGAAAUACCCAGACAAAUGAGGCACAGUCUGUCUCUAGACUUCCCUUAAAAUCGCUAACACAGAAAUACUUUGUGCCUAAUGGUGGUUUUCUCACCAUGGUUUGACUUAUUUUUUUUUAAAACACAUUAUUGUAUAUUCAGAGCCAUUUGUAUAUUAAAUUUCUAUAAGUAUUUAAAAUAAUGUAUAUAUCUAUUGUCAUGAUAUUGUUUUUAACAACUGAAAUGUUGGUGCUUGUUUAGUAAGUGCAUUUAGAAUAUUAAAUGUACAAAUUAAUCAGGACUUCAUGCUAUCUUUCUCUGUAAUCUGUGAAUCAUGUAGCAAGAAGUCCUUUUUUUAUUUUUUUUGGAAAAAAGCAACUGUCACAACUUCUACAGCAAAGUUGUUUUUUUUUCUUUAUACCUCACCCACCCACCACCAGGAGCUGCCUUUAGUAAAAGAAGCUCGUUUCUUUCAGAAUUUGCAUAAAUGUUAAAUAACACAGGGUGAGGAGGGAGCAGGGAGACCAAGCAAUAAUUCUUCUGAAAUGUAAAUGACAGCAGCUCCCUUCACAAUAACAAGUGGGUAGCAAAGUCUUUACAAAGCACUAUGCCUCUAUGUACAUAUAUUUGUAUACAUUGGUUUCAACUUCACUCAUUAUUUACAGCUAAUAUGCAUAUUGAUCUAAAAAGGGUAGAGAAAUGAUUACUGUAGCUCAUGAUGGACUUGGAUAUUAGGCAAGACUUUGUAAAUAACAAUUAUUCCAGUGUUACUUUGAUUUCAGUAAUAUUUAACUACUUCUAGUCUUGUAUAUUGUGUUCUAUUUUUAUACUUCAUUUUGUAUUUGGCAAGACUUCAGCCUGAUUAUUUGUGAUUGAAUCUGUUUUUAUACAAUAAAUUUGUGACACUUUGCUAUAGUUCUGGAUAUUUGAUAUAUAUAUAUAUAUGAAAAGUAAGACUUUAAAAUGUAAUGUUUUUGGUCUAUAAAAAUAUUUAAUUUUUUUAACUGGAAAUAUCUCAACCAUGUUUUUUAUACCUUUAUAUUUCAGUUUUACUGUUCUUCCUCCUCAAACUGAGAUUGUUGCAUUACAGUGCCACUCCAUUUACCUCAAUGUUUCUAUAAUAAUGAGGAAGGCUAUUUUCUAGUACCUUCUGUUCUCAUCCUAUAUUUUUCAUGUCUUAACAAUGUUCAGGAAUGAGAAAUAUUUAUAAAAACAGUAAAUUAUUUUAAGGAUUUGCAUUGUAGAUAACCUUUAUAGUUUACUCUUUCAGUAGCACAGAGUGAAAUAAAGUGGUGCCUGUUAAAAUUUUAUUGGAUUGUACUGUUGCAUCAAUGGUCUGGGUCCUGUGAACUUUGGCAAAAAAUAAAGUAAAAGCAUAUCCGUUCACUGCUUUAUAAAGGCUGCUAACUAAGCUGUGGACCUACAUAUACUGGAGAUAGGCCCUAUAAUGUAUUACUUUCUAUUUUAGAGAACACAGGGGAAGACGUAAAUUAGCAGUGGGAGACAACUUACUUCCUUUUGAAGCUAAUUCUCUGGUUCUAAUAAUUGCCUUAGGAAUUAAUUUUAGAGAAUGCUCAGGCUGUGGUGGUAUAAUAGGAGUCCAAAAGGUAAGGUGGAAUUCAAGCAGUUCAUUCCUUGAUGAGAGACUUAGGUGCAAUUACCACAAAAAAACUCCUCAAGCUAUCUUUCAUUCAAGAUAAUGCACUCGUAACAGUUCGUUUGAGCUCUGCUAAACUAGUCACUUUGCAUUUCUGUGCAUCAGGUAUGAGCAUCUUACUAUUCUACUUAAGUAGUCAGAAAUUUAAAGUGUGUCAGUUCAGGAUUAGGAGACCAGGGGCUGAAACAAGGAACUGUUAUCUCUCUUGGAUGCCAGAAGAAAGCAGGUUUCUAAAAGGGGACAGGCUGGUCUUGAGGAAAAGAAAGGGAGGUAGGUUUUGAUUAACUGAGCCUAAACAGAAAUGCUUCAGAAGACCUAUUCCCCUGAAUGUCUUCUACCUUUGAACCAAACUCUUUUCCUGCAAUAGUGUGGGUUCUGCUUAUUACUUUAUACUGCACAUCGAGCUAGCCCAUGUGCCUUAUGUAGUAGGACAUACGCUAUCGCUUCCACAGUAUGAAAGUGUAAUGUAGGGAAAAACUUCUCUUUGGAGCAGCAAACACCUCUUCUUCCACAUUAUAAAAAUCAGCUUCAGAAAUCAUGGGAAUGAUACAAAGAUUACCUGGAAAGAAAAGACAACCCCUGCCUGAGAUCUACCUAAACAAAAGAAUUCGGUGAAACUGGAAGUAAAAAUGGAGUUUCGAAAUGACUCUACAUCCUAUUUAAGCAGUAGUUAUUAUUGGGUGUGCAGUAAUUUCAAAAGUAUAUAAGUUUAUUUAUAAAUGUUCUUGUUGAAAUCUCAGUCAAGUUUGAAGCUUGUCUUGCUUUUUAGCAUUAUUCCAAUAUCGCUUUAUAGAAUACAAGUGCAAAGGAAGAGAAAAGGUAACGGAUGAACUUAGCUAAACAAUUUUUCUGCAUCUCUUAACACUCUUCUACACUCCCAGAGUACAGAAAAAAAGCUGUUGAGCUUUAGGUGUAUCCUUGUUAUUGUGUGAUGUGUUAGUACUAAUGCAGAGUAGAAGGACAGAAGAAUCCCUUUGCAAGACAGGGCUUUCACAGAGACUGAGAUAGUCUGGAAAUGAUGGAAGAUGGUGACUGGAGGCCUGGGAAGAACACUUACUUCCCUUGCAAGUUGCAAGGGCACACUGAAGCUCAGCUAUGUGACUAUGACACAGUAUUUAAAACAAAACUGGUUAACAACUAAUGCCAGAUUUUUUUACUGUCAGGUUUGUAUUUAGUCUUGAAUAUAAAUAAUUACUUGUAAAUAUCAGGCAUUUUCAUAUCUUAAAGGAUUUGUAAGAACACAAAGAUUAAGCUAGCAAAAGAUCUUUAAGGUAUGGUUUGCAGGAAAACUGUGGGGAAAAAGAAAUCCAUGUUUAUAUUCUAGUAUACAACAGCUCUUAAAGGGUAAGUACUAAAAGGAAUCUUAUACAGGUAUUUGAGGGAUACUCAACUUUUCAGAUAUUCUGCUGUAUAAUUUCUUUUAUGGCUUCACUAACUUGACUUUAUAUUCACUUCAAAAAACAUAGCAUAAUGUUAUUUAGUGCCUAAAAAGAU